AAUAUGUACGCACGCCUAGGCAUGCAUUGGCAAGCAUUGGCCACUCAAACAAAUUGUCCACAAUUGUAUGAUUCAUACCGAUAUUGUAUGACGACUAUGACCAGAGCCGGCGGCGGAAAAAUAAAUCGUGGGAUCCAUUCGGAAUAUAAAAUCAACAUCUGAAUUGUGUAUAUUUAAUAAACUCUCUUAUAAAUUAUACUGUAUCUCUUAUUGGAAAAAACGCAAACAAUAGUUUUAUACAACUAUUCAUCACGAGGUUCCACUACUUUUGAAUAUUAUAUAAACUCAAUACAGCUAUGCCUAUUCAAACACGGGGCAAUACGGCUAUUAUUUCGAAACUCAACGUAUAUUUACGAAUUUGUCUCCUUGGGGCAGCUGCUAUACUUCUUAUGUAUUUAUUUAUGUCGGGCGAGUACUUGAAACAAACAUUGAAUCCUGAUACCAAAGAAAGCCAGAUUACAAAGGACGCGAAGUUUUAUACCGAAGUCGAAGACGAUAUUAAUCCUGACAAACCAACACAACCUUAUACAGCUUAUGGAGAAGGAUGUCGCGAAAAUCCGUACAGGGAACGUUUUAAAACACUUUUAAAGUCAUGGGAGGGCAUAGCGGCAAGGCAAAAUAUUACUGACUAUUUUAUAUGUUUUGGUAGCAUGUUAGGACAGGUCCGUAAUGGCGAUUGCGUUCCAUAUGAUCAUGAUAUCGACAUAUGUAUGUUCAGAAGAGAUCUUUACAAAUUGGAGUCAGAGGAGGAGAAGCGGCCUUUCAAAUAUGAUGAUGGCAACCCACAUAUGAUUAUUCAACGUCAUUGCCAUCAUCCGCCGGGCAAUACACCUCGACAAGACUGCAAAGGGAAUGUGGUUACAAGUUAUACUGAUAAAUGUGCAAUUGUUGACCCGUGUGCACGAAUUUUGCUAGGAAGUCCGCCUUUUCUUGAUGUUUUUGCAAUAAAGGUAAGAUGAUAAAAAAGAUCAGACUUAAUUGCUUGCCCUGGAAAAUUUUUUUUGGAACAAAUUAUUUUUUUGGAGACCCCCCCCCGGUCCUGCUGGCCCCUUGCCGACUAGUCUGCAAUAGCAGACAUCAGUCUGCUGUUGCAGACUACUUGCCGACCUUUCUUUAACCCUUUAAGUGGCAAAACCUGCCACUUAAGCCCUUUAAGUGGCAAAGUGUGCCACUUAUUAAGCGGGUACAAAUUUUGCUGGUCUGUAUGGUUCAACAAAGCCAAAACUGUAACUGGCUUUAAAGGGGUUAAAGACCCUUCUUACUCUGUCUGACACCAGCCAAUUUUACUCAUCAAGGGGAGAGUGCUGCCCUCAAUGGGUUAAAAACUGCAAAUUGCCCAAAUCACAGAUCUUAGAGCCUUGUUUUCGUGACUGACAUGCUUGGAUUUAAAUAAUGUCAUCCACAGAAACAAGGCUCUAUAGCCAAAGUCCAUACCUUGGUUAGAAUGAGGGCCAAACUAGGUUAGUUUUGUAAGUCAGACCAACCCAAUAUCGAACGAACACUGAAUCCAAACAAGCACUGAUAUCCCAUGACUGCGGUUUUCAGUAUCAAUUUGUUUCCAUGACUACAAAGUAAGUACAUAAUGACUUUACAUCUAAGAGCUUUGAUCUCUUCUUUCUUAUAAGGACAAAGGCAAUGAACUGUUUGAUGAAUAUAAAAGAGUCGCUCAUAAAAGGGAAGUAAUAUUACCUUUAAGACCUUGUAAAUACAUGGGUAUUGACACUAAAUGCCUGAAUAAUCAGACAACAUAUUUAACAAGGUAUUACGGAAAAGAUUACUAUAAACCCAUUUAUGUAUGUAAAGGUGGCAAGUGGGUGAGGCCAUCAUGAAGUUAGUCAUACUGGCAAGUACUGGAAAUGUUAUGGGGUGAAAGAGUUAACAAAGUAGUCGACCUUCUGUAUGACUUAUUCCAGCCUCGUACCCAGGCUCUUUAGUAAUUAAUAGCAUUCUGAUCUCUGGGUGAGCUUUUAGGCGCGCUGGGAAUCUUGGGGAGGUUGAAUCCCUGCGCGCCUUGUUCACCCAGAGCUGUGAAUGCUAUUAAUUACUAAAGAGCCUGGGUACGAGGCUGGACUUAUUCUGUGACUGCCAUAUUACUCAUUAUAAAUAUUCAUAAUAUUUGUUUUAAAUUUAUCAUUUUUAUAUUUUAAUUUAUUAGUGGUAACCUGUUAACAUUGUUUGGCAUGUGUUCGGGUCUGUGGGACCAAAAUUUAACUCUGUGACUUUCACACAAAAUGUGGGACACUUGGCAGGUCUGUUUACUUUUCACUCAACCAGUUGUCAUUGACCGAACAUAUUUAAAAGGCAAUAACGUUAUGUUUUGAAACACAUGUUUGGUAAAAUAUCUAACAUUCGUUAGAUGGAAAAAUCAUCGUGAAUUAUCAUGAGUAUAAAUAAAUAAAAAAAGUAGCAUUACAAGAACUUAACAAGAGGUAUAAUAUAGCUGUCUGUAAAAAGUGUGUGCAACAUGACCUAAUUGCAGUGCAAUUAUUGGCAAGCAGGCCAGCAGGGGGGGGCAACCCCCCCCCCCCCCCCUCUACAGGUCAGGAAGACUAAGGUGCUGUUACACCAAGCAACUUGUCUUGCAAUGUUAAGAAAAACGAUUUCAGCAUUGUGUUGCAAGGGAUGUUACAGCA